UUGAGAAAAGUUUAUGCGUAUUUUUAGAGAUGUAAAAAAACCUUGUAGUUUUAGUUAUGAACAGUUGUAGUUGAUACUUUAAAGAAGAAAAAAGGUUGCAUUAAAAAAAAGAGGGAAUUACAUGACAAGCAUCAAUUCUUGGCUCAAUGGAAAAUUCAUUACUAACUACAAAACAAUCCAUGGUUUUUAAUAAAGUUCAAUCACCUUAUUCAAUUGAUGUAACGAUAAAAGUACCAAAGGAAAAUACAACAAAAAAAGAUAAUGGGGAAUCGGUGAUAAAAAUAAAUUCAUCAAUUUUUGAUGACAAUGAAUUGUCUGAUUUAACAAUUAUUGACAAUCAUUAUGAAAAUAAUUUUAUUGUUUCGGAUAUUUCUAAUCUCGGUGAUGAUGAAUCAAAAUUAACUAAGUUUUCAUUUAUGGAAAAAAUGUCAAUUCAAAAAAUUAAUAACUUAAUACAAAUUUUGAAGAGUACAUUAGAAAAGAUGAAAUUGAUGAUAAUCAUCAAAAUGAUUCACAGUAAUAAGAGAAACACAAUGACAAAUGAAAUAAUGGAUAUUAAAUCAAUGUGUUCAGAAAAAAAUAAUUCAGAAAAUAAUUAUAAAAUACAAACUGAGAAUAUUCGGAAAAUUCUAUUACGUGAAAAUGAUAAUAGUCAAGUGAAUACUGUCAUGAGAAAUAAAAUAAUUAUCAAAUUUAUAGAAAUGUUUCUUAGCGCAAUAUUAAUACUUGUCUUAGAACUGCAACCAAAAAGAAUGUCUUACGUUUUUGAUUUUUAUUCUCGUCUCAUAUGCAUUGUUGGAUUUUGCGGUACACUAAUUCUGUUAGGCAAUUAUAUUAAAGAGAAAAAUAAUGAAUCUGAUAAUAACAAUCUAUUCAAAUGGGAUUUAAUAUUCUGUAUAUUUAUGUUUCUCUCAUAUAUUUGGCUCACUUUUGGAAUAAUUUUUAUGUAUCAUUUUUAUAUUACAUAUCCUCUCUCGUCAUUGGUGGUAUUUGGUUUCUUAAUGCAGUUGAUUUUCUUUUUGGAUAUAAAGAAUAAUUUAAUUUGCAGAAGAAACAAUAACUAAAGUAAUUGUUUAUAUUUUACUUUUCUUAUUGUGGCAUUACACAGGAAAUAUAAUAUAUCGAAUUGAUAUACUUUUUACUAACAACACCAGUUAAGUAAUUAUCAAAAUUGGAUCGAAUCAAAAUUUAUAAUUUGAAAAUACGAAAUUAUUUGAUAUCGAUUUAUAAUCAUGUCAUUUCUUUUCUAUAUUUUUUUAUUUUGAUAUAUUUCCUUUCCCUCCUCUUUCCCAACAAGCCAAAAAACGAAUUACAAUAAGUAUCCUAUUUACAAAAUUACCCCAAUGGAUCAUUUACAAAAAUGAAGUCCUUGAUGAAACUUAUAUAUUACAAAUUUUCUACUACAUUUAUGGAGAAAUGAAAUAAAAUUUAUUAUAUUAUGAAAGUGGGGGACAAUUUUAUUCAUAGGACAUAUUCUCUUUGUGCUGUUCAGUCUAUAGAGUAUAGAAAUUAAACAUAGUAGUUUUGUGUUAUAAGUGUUAAAAUGACGUCGUUCAAUCCGAGCCAAAUUAAUUUAUUUUCUAUUCAAACAAAAGUUUCCAAAAAACCAUAUUGGUAUUUAUUAUCUCUUUCGGGACAAUUAAAAUUUACUGAAUUUAUUUUGUUUUCAGAUGUUUAGUUUAAUUUCUCUUGUUGCAUAUUAUAAUUUUUACUUUACAACUUAUGAUUAUGUUAUUAGUGACGUUAAAAAAGAAUAUAUAAUAAUUGAAGCAAAAAGAAUUUUAAUAACUGGAUUUUAUUGCUACAAAUGUUUGACCUUUGCUAUUGUAUUUUUUACAAAUAUAACAAUAGUGUUCGACGUAUUUGAAAUAAGGGAGAAGAUUAAGAAUAAGACUUUUUAUUAUGUUGAAUGUUUUUUUUACUCUAUUUCAUGUUUUGUGAGUAUAUUUUGUGGAUAUUUAGCAAUAUACACCUACUUAUUGCUUAACGAAUAUAACAUUUUCGUCGAUUUCACUUUACUCAUAGCAUCUGUGUGUUCAUUUAUAGGAGCUGUCUUAUUUUUUAGUGAUUUCUGCAGAGUUUAUUCGAAAGAAAUGAACAUUAGAAAUGAAUUACAAGCUUAAGAAAGAAAAGUGGCAAAAAUUCAUGGUUAAGAUUAUAAAAAUUAUUUAUUAUGUAUAUUGGGAACUAUAAAUUAGAAACAUAAAACAAAUGUACCUUUGUUCUAGACACAAUGAGAAUUUACAUCGAAGGACUUUAAAUUAUUAUAUACAAAAAUGAUUCAUCGGCGAAUUAAUUCUUUUUUCAUGUAUUUUAACAUUUAUUUCACAAUAAAUAUUUUACAAUAUUUUAA